AUGGCGUGGAAAAAUGAGACCUUGGUGACAGAAUUUAUCCUUCUUGGACUCUCCAGCAAUGCCAGGACACAAAUUGUCCUUUUUGUAGUCUUCUUGCUUAUCUACUUAGUUAUAUUAAUAGGUAACUUUCUAAUUAUUAUUGUCUCUAUAUCAGAUAAAAAUCUUCAGACCCCUAUGUAUUUUUUCCUUACAAACCUCUCUUUUCUGGACAUCUGCUAUUCAUCAUCUAUUGUUCCAAGAAUGCUAAGAGACUUAUUGUCACUAAAGAAAAUAAUAUCAUUUCAAGAAUGUGCGGCACAAAUGUACAUUUCUCUGUCAUUAGGGGAGACUGAAUGUAUUCUGCUGGCUAUAAUGGCUUACGAUCGAUAUGCAGCUAUAUGUUAUCCUUUACAUUACACCACAAUUAUUAAUCGAUCCGUCUGCAUCAAGAUUGCAAGUGGCACAUGGAUAUGUGGAUUCCUGCUCUCUAUUUCCCAUGUAGCACUUACUUUGAAUGUAAAAAUGUGUGGAGAAAAUAAAAUAAAACACUUUUUGUGUGAAGUUCCAGGAGUACUAGCACUGGGUUGUGGUGAUGUUAGUGUCAUUGAAUCAGUUAUCUUUCUAGUUGGUGUAGUAAUACUUAUGAUACCAGUUACUUUUAUCAUUAUUUCUUAUAUCAUAAUUGUUUCAGCUAUUUUAAAAAUUAGUUCCACAGAUGGAAAGCAAAAGGCCUUAUCAACUUGUGGGUCCCACAUGAUGGUUGUGACAUUAUUCUAUGGCACAGCUAUGGCUAUUUAUAUGAAACCCAGAACAAGUUCUUCACCAGAUGCUGACAUGAUGAUUGCUGUUUUUUACACCAUAAUAACACCCAUGCUGAAUCCCCUGAUUUAUACUCUUAGGAACAAAGAGGUUAAAACAGCCUUGAAAAGGGUCAGAAUUAAGGAAAUAGUAUUUUGA